UGUUGUGUUCAGUGGAUCGAGACCAGUUGAACCUGUUCUGUGUGACCGGGUUGGUAGCAGAGAGUGGUGGGAGCCACUGAGGUUGCGCUGUUGGAGAUCCUUUUCUUAACAUUUCAGUCUGCUACGCCCCAAACUACAGGACAAAAACACCCACUAGCUGUUGCUCUCUCUAUCCUGUCGAGGCUGCUUCUUUCAGGAUUUAUAUGUAGACAAAUGUUGCUCUACAACAAUAUCAAGUGUUAUAUUUAAAACCAGGAGGUUUCUUCCACUGAGGCUGAAGGAGUCCACUAAAUGUAAAAGAGCGUCGCUGGAGAUAAACGGCUCGUCGGAGCAGCUAUCUGUCUGCAGCAAGCUAGCACAUAUAAACGACAUUUAGGCCGCUUCUCUGUCGCUUUAUGUCGGCUGCUAUAACAUCGUGCUACGGUGUAAUAACAAAGAGAAAGGAGUGAGGAGGCUGGUUUCCUUCACCUCUUGGCCAUGCGAGGAGCUCCAGUCUCCGGACAAAAAUGGUUCUCCUUCUCCCGGCGCUAGCUCCGCCGCGGCACCAUGGCUAACAACAACAACAUGCUCCUGGCGUCUGUCGUGGUGGUGUGGGAAUGGCUCAACGAACACGGACGGUGGCGGCCCUACAGCCCCGCCGUCUCCCACCAGAUAGAGGCGGCCAUCCGGAGCAGCGACCCGCGGGGAGGGAGCGUCGUCCUCGGCCAGGUGGACAGCCGGCUCCUGCCUUACAUCAUAGACCUCCAGUCCAUGCACCAGUUCAGACAGGACACAGGAACCAUCCGUCCUGUGCGAAGGAGUUUUUAUGACCCAUCCUCGGCCCCAGGUCAGGGCUGGCAGUGGGAGUGGGAGAAUGAUGGGGGGACCUGGACGGCCUAUGACAUGGAGGUUGCCAUUGCCAUAGAGAACGCCCACAACCGGCAGCAGCCCUGCCUCGACCUGACACCACUCGGCUUCUGCUACCUCAUUGAUUUUCAGAACAUGACACAGGUAAACAGACAGAGCCAGAGGUGUCGGAGACUCCAGAGACGUGCGGACAUGGCCUACCCUCUGGUGUCGGGACCUCUCCCAAUACCCAAAGGAGGUAGUGUAGGAGGAGGUGGAGGCCUCACAGGAGCCCUGCUGGGUGUUGGUGUGUCGGGGGCCAGUAUGGGUGUUGGAAGCUCUGUCUAUCCCAAUGGGGUCUUACCAGCUACUGGACUAGGCCAGCCUUGUUCCUGCCAGCAGUGCAUGCUGGUCCUUAGUGUAAAGUCCAACACAGGAGGCCCAGGGUUAGGAGGAGCGGGGAUACAGAAUCUAGGUAGACGCUCAUUAACCAUGCAACGACCCAAGAACUCCACAGCCAUCGCCUCUAAACCUCUGAGUCCUUCUAAAUCAGCCACCCUGGGGCGAGGACAGCAGCAGAACUCCAACUCCUACGCCAGCUACUAUCAGACGUUGCCACAUGGUCUCGCCAUCUCCAAAAACAUUGCCUCUCCGAGAAGAAAUGCCCAGCUCUUUGCUCAGUCGCUGGCUGCCCUCAGUGCUGGCACCUCUUCUCUGGGUAUCUCCUCGUCUUCCAACAGGCCGCCUCCACCGUCCCUACCACCUCCUCAGCCUCCAUCAUCCAACCUCAACCAGGUUCCUCUGUCCAUUCCAGCCAAGCAAUCCUCAUCUUCAGCCAGUGAAUCAGUGCCAACCGCCACAUUAAUUACCCCUGCAAACAGCGUGACCACGCCCCCUUCUCCUGUGCCAUCUCCAUCACCGGUGGUGAUGAAGCCCCAGCGCUCACUCUCAUCUGCAGCAACAGUGUGCCAUGCCCCAUUGCCACAGAGAUCAAGUUUAGCCGGGCUGAGCAGACCAGCGUUACAGAGGAUUGCAAUGGCCCAGUCCAGAGCGCUCAUAGCAUCAGGUGUGCCCACCGUCCCAGUGAAGAACCUUAAUGGAUCCAGUCCUGUUCAUCCAGCACUGGCUGGGAUCACAGGGAUCCUGAUGAGUGCUGCCGCUCUGCCUGUGUGUCUAACUAGACCUCCAAAACUUGUGCUGCACCCUCCACCUGUCAGCAAAAGUGACAUCAAACCUGUGCCGGGCUUCGGUCACUGCUGCAGGAAGACCACCAAGAAACAAGCCCGUAAAGGCAAAACUCCAGAGGACGUGGUAAAGAAGUACCUGCAGAAAGUAAAAAUUCCACCAGAGGAGGACUGUACCAUCUGUAUGGAGCCAUUGGGGGGUCCGUCUGGAUAUAAGGGUCCAGGGGUGGGCCCUGUGUCUCGGGCGGAGUCAGUUGGGCGACUAGCACAGUGUGGACACCAGUACCAUUUCCAGUGUCUGGUGGCCAUGUAUAACAACGGCAACAAGGACGGCAGUCUUCAGUGUCCCACCUGCAAAACCAUCUACGGCGUGAAGACAGGCAACCAACCGGCAGGGAAGAUGGAGUACCAUGUCAUCCCGCACUCUCUACCAGGGCAUCCUGACUGCAAAACCAUACGCAUCAUCUACAACAUACCACCAGGCCUUCAGGGACCAGAGCAUCCGAACCCAGGGAAGCCCUUCACUGCCAGAGGCUUUCCCCGACACUGCUACCUCCCGGACAGCGAGAGAGGACGCAAGGUACUGAGACUGCUCCUGGUAGCGUGGGACCGUAGGUUGAUCUUCUCAGUUGGGACUUCGAGCACUACUGGAGAGUCUGACACCGUCAUCUGGAACGAGGUCCACCAUAAGACAGAGUUUGGCUCCAACCUGACAGGUCACGGCUUCCCUGACCCCGGACACCUGGACAACGUCCUGGAGGAGCUCAGAGCUCAGGGCAUUACAGAGGACGACGGGCUGAUGGAGAAGUGUAAGGACAAGUGAGCAGGGCAGCAGAGAAGAAAGAGACAGCCGUUUUAGGUCAGUGAAGAACUGGACGGGAGAACGAGGAGUAGAGGAAAAGACCAUGAAAAUAAGAGAAGCAUGAGGAGGUCCUGGACUGAGACUCUCUCUCUUCCAGCACUUAAAAAGGCUUCAGGGGGACAUUUCGGGUCAUAGAAGACAUUGAUUUUGUUUUGCUGAUGGAACCACUUUUCAAGAUGUUGAUGGAGUCACUGCUGGGUUCACCUGUCAAUGCAUGUCCAAACUUGAGUUUUUAAGCAAGCACAACAACAGAGGUGGGAGGUAGUUAGAGGAAGCUGCAGAACAGGAAGUAAGCAACGCAGAACAAGGAGGAAGUUAAGAAACCAGCAGGAAGAAUGAUGACGGCUCUAUGGUUUUAGCUAGGUACUAAAUGUUGAUAAGUGAGAAUGAACCGGUACUAAUCCUUACAAAAACAAGUUCACUUUACUGAUAGAGAGAGUAACCAGGAUAAGAAGGCUAGGUGUUGGAGCAGUUCAAUGAAAACUGAGAGAAAAGAACAAAGAGGAAGAAGUUGGAGCAGUGGGGGAGGGGACAGGAGGAGGGAACGUAGGAAAAUGUAGCAGAAAGAGACAAAGAUGGUGUAUGAAUGUAGCGUAGGAUAGGAGUAGAGUAAAACUAACUUGUAGGGUACUAAACAGGUGUUUUGGCUAUCAUAAACACAAGGAAACCAAGAGUGAAGAUGGGAAAGACAGAAGUAGUGCGUGCUUUAUUCAGUGAAAGCUGCCUGUUUGUGGUGAAAGCUUAAUGCUGUUGCUCCCUCUAGUGGUGGUUCUGAUCAACUAAACCUCAGCCUGCAAGCUACUGGAACAAAUCAAAAUGUUACGAGUAUCCACCUGUGUUCAUUCUUUUAUCAUUACUAUAAUCCUCAUUCAAUACUUAACCUCCUACUUUUGACUUGAUGUUUUUUGUAUGAUCUAGGCUUUGUAUGUUUAUGAUUGUGUGUGAAAUGACAAAAGACCAAACUUAGGCCUAGUCAUUUGGGCCUAUUUGGAGUCUUACUAUUGAUCCACUACAAGUUAACCCUAGAUACCCAGGUACCAGUAUUUACUUUGAUAUCUUUUUUUGUCCCUCACUCAUUUUUGCUGUUGUGUCCUGUCAACAGUGAGGUACCAGUGAGAAGUGACGAUUUUAAUAAUAAAAACCGGAUGAUGAGCAUUUUCAGGAUUACCAAAAGUACUGAGGAUUGGCUUCGAGGCCGAGUGUUUAGUUGUAGUUGAAUGAGCUUCACUGUCUGUGUUUACACGUAGAGAGAGAAAUGAACGUGGGGCUGGUCUCACAGCCACAAAGCCCCUCAGAUUGGGCAGAGGGUUGGGCAGGAUGGAGAGGAAAAGAUGUAGACCUGAGGAGAAAACACCCUCAAUAUUCACAGAUUUUAGGUUGGUCAAUCUGACAAGUUAUAACUAGUUUGACUAGUUAGACCCCGAUAAACAAGGAAAAACAUGAUGACACAGUCAGCAAUUAAGGGUCCCAUAUUAAUGUAGUUGUAAAAUCCUUUCUAAUGUACCAUCAAAGAUAAUAAAUUAAGACUUUUUCCUCAUUUUAACUCAUCAAAACCUGCUUUCAGACAACACGUCAGCUGCUCCGCUGUACACAUUAUUUCCAAUGUCUUGCCACGGCACAGCAAAAAGGUGUGUCUAAAAACAAGAUAAACACACUAAAUCUGAGGGAAAUGAUCUUGCUGCAUGGACGGAUAAUUUCACUUGACAAGAUUUCUUAAAUGAAGAUUAUUAAAUCUAGAAAUAAGCAUGUUGAACACUUGAAAUAAGAAAUUAACUCUUAAAACAAGAUAAAUUAAAGCUGCCAGCAGUGAUGAACUGGUCCGAGCGGAGUGCACUGCAGAUUAUUUGUUUCUUACCAAGGUAAAAAAAAAACUUUAGAUUUAGAAGUGUUCGAUAAUUUAUCGAAAACUCUUGUUUUAAGAGUCCAUUUUUUAUUUUAUGCGUUCAACAUGCUUAUUUCUAGAUUUAAUAAUCUUCAUUUAAGAAAUCUUGUCAAGUGAAAUUAUCUGUCCAUACAGCAAGAUCAUUUCCCUCAGAUUUAGUGUUUUUAUCUUGUUUUUAGACACACCUUUUCUGCAGUGUGCGUGCAGAUGCAUCUGAAAAAACUCUGCGAUUUGAGCCGUGCUUACCGCUGGGUUUGGCAGUGUGUCUGAAAGGGACAUUAGAAUAACUACUAGGAACACAUCACAACUGCACUUGCUCCUGAUUGGCUGCCUUACUUAAAAUAGCUGAAAUUCAUCCAAUCAGGCCAGUCUGCAGCAUCAGAACCAGGAGGCAAUCUGUGAAUUGAACUCAUACACUGCAAAAAGCCACCUCUCAAAAACAAGAAAAAAAGUACAAAAAAUAGGUGUAUUUUGCUUAAAAAUAGCAAAAUUAUCUGCCAAUGGAACAAGAAAAUUUGGCUUGUCAAGACCAAAAACAAGUAAAAAUAUCUAAUCUUAAUGAACCCACGAAUACCUUAGAAUUAGUGUAUUCUAACCAAUAUCAAGGGCAUUUUUUCUUGAUUCUAAUGAAAUACAAGUGACCUGUUUUCUCAAUAUGUUGAAAAAUAUUCUUGAAUUAAUAAUAAGUAAAGGCUUGAGCCAUCAUCUUGACAUAAUGGUAUGCAUAGGCAUUCUAUUUCUAGAAACCAGCAAAGUCAGGCUAAAAACUAGAGUACUUUUCUUGAUACAGCUACAAAGAUUUUUCUCUGUAUGUAGUGUACUCUGCUCAGGCCAAUUCAUUUAAUUUAUCUUGUUUUAAGAGUUAAUUUCUAAUUUUAAGUGUUCAACAUGCUUAUUUCUAGAUUUAAUAAUCUUCAAAUCUUGUCAAGGUAAAUUAUCUGUUCAUGCAGCGAGAUCAUUUCCCUCAGAUUUAGUGUUUUUAUCUUGUUUUUAGACACACCUUUUUGCAGUGUAGCUGCUGUGUCAGCCAAUCAGUUAUGCAAGUUCUUUCUUUGUGGAUGUUUCAAUUCUUGUGAGAAUUACAGUAAAUACAGUAAAUAUUCUUGUAGAUUUUUGCAGAUCGUUUUUUAGGAUAAAAUAUAAAGAGCAUUAUCUUGCAGCUGCACCAGAGGAGCGAUGUGUUACAGUCUAAGAAAAGAUUCAGGAGGUUAGUUAGCAUGACUUAAAAACAUGAGCUUUUUCAGCAUAAAAAUUACAAUUUGUUACAUGUCCAUUGUUUUAUUAAGUUGAUAACUUAUUUCAAGAAGUUGAUCAAAAUCAAAAAUGAAGAAAGAUGUCUUAAUUCAGAAAUAUAUUGAUUUUGGAUAAGGAUUUCUGCCUUCACUUAACAAGGAAAAGUAUUAACGUAAUGAAACUUAAUAUUGUAUUACAUUAUGUCUGACUUAAGUGAAAUACGUUACUUAGACUCAAUAAAAUUGAGGUAACAAUUUGCAUGUACUUUGCUGAGUAAAAAGAAAGUAAAAUAAAGGAGUUAUAGCAACUUAUAUAGAGUAAUUUGACCACUUCUUAACACUAAAACGUUGAUAUAAAAAUGUAGUUGGUUCAACAUAAUGAAGCUUGUAGAGGACAAAACAAAUCAUGUUGGUUGGACUAGACUAUUUGAGUUAGUCCAGCUAUAAAAGUCUCAUGGGAAAUACUCAAUAAUGUCUUAGUUGGAAUUACUUAAAAAGAUUAAUGCAAAUUGUUACAACAGAUUUUUUUAAAUUUAAGCCAGUGUCAUUUUUUUAGAGUGUAGGAAUGUGUGCCAAAUUGUAGGAUACACAAUAUGGGACAUUUAAUCUGUGACAUGUGGAGCUCAGAUUGAGAUCAGCAGCAUCAUUGUUAUCCUAACAGUGAAAAUAACUCUUCUCUUCUUUCCUCUACCUCUCCUGACUGAUCACACACUGCCAAGUCUUUGAGUUGGGUCUGUAAACGACCCCUUAUUACAAGUGUGUAUGUCUGUGUGUGAAAAAGAGAAUAUAUAUGGUAUACUACCAACAUGCUCCCAGUUUAGGUUUAGAGUAAUAUUUUAGUAGCUCACAGGAAUCACAUCAUCCUUUUGGUGGUGUUUGAUGAUCAUAUCCCUUCUUAUGUUAUUUUAAUAUGAAAUGUAGUUAUACCUUUGUUUUUAAUAGCAUUUCUUUUGACACUAUCAUAAACUGCCUUUCUUAUUUUGUAUGUUUAUGCUGUAUUACUUAUAUCCCUUUCCAUUUGUUACAUUUGGUUUACAAAGACAGUUCUGUCAUGUACAAUGUCUUUUUUUUUCAUUGUGUACAGAAGUUAAGCUGAUUUAUGUCAUCUUUUCUUUGGAAAAGGAUUUUGAUGGUAGACUUUUAUUUGAGUGUGAAAUGUAAUGAAUUUUAAUAGCAAGUUAAACUGUGAUAUACUUGCUCUUCUAUGAGGUACUUAUACUGAUUUUCUACAUAUCAUCUGUCGUGCUACUUUUGUGCACUGAGCCUUUAUCUGCCUACAGGAGCUCUCACAAACUGUGACCCUGGAAGGUUUGUAGCAGAUGUGUUGAUGGAAAUUUUGGUCUUAGUUUUUUGUCCACCCCUCUUUUCGCUGCAGAAUUGUUCCGGUGAAGAUGGCAUGCUGAAAAUAGUUAUUUUAAACAUUGUACAAUAUAAUAUAAUCACAAUUUCCUCCUAUGUUGAUGCAGUUUUCUCACUCUGCGAACCCAAACACCUCACUAUGACUUGGGACAACUCAGAUUUUGUAUGGGCAGUAAGUCACUUGAUUGUUGAUUUCAGUUUGUCUUUUUGUUAUCAAAGCAACGCUUUUUUAUUUCAAAACAAUGAACAAGAAAUUGAAAUAAAUGUUUUAUUACUAUUUCUCUUGACUUAAUGAAUUUGACAAACUAUUGAUUUGGCCAUGAUUUGUAAUUGCGGGUUUAUGAAAUUUCUCUAACUUGAACCUCAAGUGUUUGUGGAAGAGUUUGAUGAUGGAUCAGUGGUGUGCAGUGUCUGAAGCCAUGUGAGAACUGUAGCAAACAGCUAUGACUAGUACUUAACAUUUCAGUUGAGUCCCUUCUUUAAAUGAGUAUCUCUUUCC